AGUAUCAACUAUCAAUUACAGCUGAGAGGUGUACUAUAGAUGAUUCAUAAAAAAAAACAUAAUUUGAAAUUUUGAAAUCCCAUUGAUAUUUUAAAAAUAUAAAAUAUUUGGAGUAAUUGGGAAUUAUGGAUGAAGAGUUAGGAGAACUAACAGAAAAUGACUUUAUAAUAGCUCCAGUAAAAUACGAAUAUUUAGAUCACACAGCUGAUGUUCAGUUACACGCCUGGGGUGACACCCUGACUGAAGCUUUUGAACAAUGUGGUAUGGCAAUGUUUGGAUACAUGACAGAACUUCCCUAUGUUCAAAUAAAACAAGUGCACACAAUAGAAGCAUCGGCAGAUGACAUGAUGGGGCUCUUAUAUCACUUUCUUGAUGAGUUAUUAUUUUUAUUUUCUGCUGAACCAUAUUUAAUAUGUAAAAAGUUAAAAAUUAUAGAGUUUAAUACAGAAGAGUUCAGAAUAGUUUGUAAAUGUUAUGGUGAAGAGUUUGAGAUUGGAAAACAUCCUCAAGGAUCUGAAGUUAAGGCAAUAACUUAUUCAGCAAUGCAAAUAAUUGAAGAACCAAAAGACAAUAAGUUUGAGGUAUUUGUGAUCAUUGAUAUUUGAGAAAUUAUUAUAAAUUUCAUAAUA